ACAUGCAACCGGAGAUUUCAUCAAUACACAAAACACGUGCAUGACAAAUGUCCAAACAGUUGCAGUUAUCAAUCCUGCUGAUAAGAGAUCAGAUGCACAAACACAGGAGGCUGUAGUUACCUCAGAGAUACUCACACAGGAGAAUCAGAGCCCACUCUCCCACAGCAGCAGAACUUGUGUGGGAGAGAGCGGCGUGCAGAGUGCCCUUGAAGAGGCUUUUUUCGCGGCGGUUGGUGCUGCGUUGCCACUGGCAACACCCACGAUGCCAGAAGUGAGAGAAAGCGAGAGAAGAGAGGGAGAAAGCGUGAGGCGUGAUUCAGUAGAUGCUGUAGUGGCAGCAAUCGCGGAGGGUGAGCGAGCAGAAAGAGCGGAGAAGGAUUGUGAAGGGAUAGAAGAAUCUGUCAGCUCUGCAGGCCGAGAGAAAGAAGAAGGACCCCUGCACAGCCUCCCUCGGCUCGCGUUAAUCUGUUCACAGGGGGAGCGCUCAGCCAAGGAGGGACAGGCUGCAUCUGAGGAAAGCAGAAAAAUGCCACAAAACUCUGCAGAGACGGAGAGGAAGGAAGGACCGAGGGAGACGAGGAGCGAUCGCAGUGCAGACUCAGAGAUCUCACCAACAGAAGAAGCCUGUUUCAAUACUUCUCCCCUUGGGCUACUUACUGCUCCUGAUUGUCAGGAUCACAUUGCUGCAGGACCGGAGGGGGGAGGAGGAGGAGGAGGAGGAGGAGGAGGAGAGGAGGUGGGAGAGAAAGGAGGGCGAGUUAAAGAUUACACUGCUCUCAGCCAGCCAGGAGGCUCUCCUUGUGGGGUGUCAUCGGCCGAGACUGAGACGUGUCCGCCCACCGAUGUUGCCGAGUCACAGCUGAAAUCACAGAGCUGCCGGGAGCCGCCGGUCGCUUCUAUCUCUGCGAGCAUCUGCACCGAGCAGGACCGUUUCUCUCACUCCUGCCAGGAGCAGCAGCAGCGUUGCUCAGCGAUUUCCCCUCUCUCCACUCAUCCUGAACAAGUCUCCAGCGACACAGAUCUCACACAGAAUCUGAUUUUGGAAGAAGCACUUUCUUUUUUACGACCCUUUACAGAGACGGAGAGACACCGCAGCCAAGUUUUUCCUUCCCCUCGGCCUCUGUUGUCUUCACAACAAAUCCUGCAAGCGAGCAGCGAUCAACAGGUACGACCGAGAAGUAGCAAAACAGAAGAGGCGGCUGAAGUUCAACCCCAGACAGAGAGCAAUAGUGACAGUUCUGGAGUAAGUGUGCACGCGUGUGACAGCAGCAGGGGACGCAACCUCAGAGUUCAUUUUGAGGACACGGUGAAGAAAGACAGCGAUCCCUCGGCGGAUUUCAGAAACAUGGAGUUCGCCUCUUUGCCUCCGGUGACCGUGCAUGAGAGUUUGCACUAUCCUGUCGUCGAAGCCAGCUACACUUUCCCAGGAUUCCUCAGCCUGAGGAAACCGGAUUUCAUCACAAAUGCAGCUCCUACCAAGGGUGAAAAAGCAAUACGGAGCAGUACGGAGAAAGAGGGGUGUGGACACACUCAAGAUGCCAAGAAGGACCUUAAAAAGGAUCGGUCAGAGUCUGAGACCGAGGCCUGCAAAACACAGCUCUCAUGUCCUGCCAUGAAGAAUCCGGAUGGUAAUAAAGAAUGUUUUGACCUUCCACAAACGACGAGUGUUGCUGUACCCGAGGGCGAUCGUCUGAUAGUUGAGCAGGUGUCUGCAGAGGUGGCAAAGCAAUUCGAAGAGAAGAAGGGAGGCGAGAAAGAGGGCGAUAAUUCACACGCUCAGUCUGAAGUCCGGCCUCAGGAUUCUGCUAAAGUUGAAGAAAAAGCAGGUAAGCAGCGACUUCUGACCUCAUCAUCUGUGCUUCCACCUGAAACUGUUACCUGCAAGCCUUUAAAUGAUGUCACCGACGAGUUACCUGUUGAGCUACUCUCUUCUGGCCUUGACCCCGGUUCAAAACCUGAAAUGUUGAACUCAGCCUCCCCUCAGACAAAGCCUUGUGACCCCAGUUUCCAGCCUUCCACAAAGUCAGAUCAAACACCUCCCUCUGGACAAACGAACACCAGCGAAUCCAAAACUCACUCCGCUGAUCUCACAACGGAUGAAUCAGCGACUUCAGAAGCAGCAGCGGCCUCUGACGAGUCAAUUCCCGCUAUCGAGCAAUGUGCCAGUAAUCCUGCUUUUGUGCCGCGGCCUCCUGGCCCGAUGUUGAGUCACUUGGAGUUCAUUAGAGACGGUGAUGUCUCUCCUCCUCCUGAGCAGACAGACGGCGGCACUAAAGUCUCUGCAGAAGUUAAAGGCGACAAUGACAGGAAAGUGGCACAAGAUAAUGUUAAAGAAGAUAUGACUUGUCCUAAACUGGAGGAUACAAAUUAUGCUGCGUUGUCGAAUUCUGCAAUGAAUCAUGGGAAUAUUGCAUCUUCAAAAGAGGAAAAUGUGACUCCUCCGAUUCAGCCUCCUGGUGCAGUGGGCGGAUCCGAUAAUGUAAUUUCUCUAUCACACACCAAGUCAGACUCCUCCGUUGGCAUUAAACCUGUAAUUUGUGAAUCAUCCAUUAAGGAUGAUGUCACUGUUGUCAGCUGCCCGCUCGCAUUCAGCCUGCGUACAAACGAGGAAAUUAAACAGAACAAAGAGAAACAAAACGUGGAUUAUCAGACUUCUACGCCUGCUGUAAGAAAGGAAGAUGAACAGCUUGACGAGGCAACAGAGAACAAUCAGAAGGAAACAGAAGACAGCAGUGAGAUGCAAACAGGAAACACAACAACACAGCCGAGUAAUGAGGCUGAUAAAGAGACUGUGGAGGAAAGAGGAGACCUGCAGCCAUCACAUAAACACAAAGUAGAAAAAGCUGAAUCACCAAUAAAGGAUACAACAAAGGAGGGUGGAGAAAUCACAUCUAAAAGCCACACAGAUGCAUCUUCCUUAUCUCCUGACAGAGACAGACCAGCAGGGUCAUCUCAUGACACACCAAAAGCUAAGAUGCAGCCUGGUAGUGAGACUCACAAAACUCCAACAUUGAACCUGAAAUACAGCCCUGACAGGGAUUCGGCACAAGAUUUGAGCGGCCAAUCGCAGUCUGCAGCAGAUCCAAACUGCUUUGCUCAGCAACAGGAGCAACUGGCGUCAGAACAUCCCACAGAGGAGCUGUCAGGUGUCUGUUUAGAGGGAAAGGAAACAACUAACGGUCAGGUCAGGCUGGCCCAGACGCCGGUGGUUCAUGUGGAGGAAGGAGACGGCUCUGUCAGGCGGUCAUGUCAGUCAGGAAGCAGGGAUGAGCUGACAGGAGAUGACAAGGAACGAGUGAUGGAUUUAAGGAAAGGUGGAGGAGAUGAAGGGGAAGCUGCAGCAGCGCUCGACAGGGUUUAUGUGACGUCUCACCUUGCCAGUGAUUUAAAUGAGAGAGGAAGUGCUGCUGAGGAAAAUGACUUAGAGCUAAUCACUUCUCACUCUCUUGUAGGAGAGACAAAACAGGCGACGGACGACAAUAAAGGCCAGACUUUAGGGGUAGCCGGGUCGGUUACAGUUUCUGCGUCAGAAGCUGAGCUUGUGAGUGAUCUGAGCGGUAAAGGUCAGCAAAAAAGCAAACAAUUAAGCGCCUGUCAGGACCAUAAUGAAAACCCCAAGACGUCAAAGAACACCGCUGUAUCUGUCGAGUCUGCAUCACACAGACGUGAGGCUUCACCUUUCCGAAUUCCUGCUUCAUCAAAGGUCGGCGCGGACAGUUCUGACAUUCAUGCAGAAGUUCAUACUCCAAGUGCAAAGCAGGCCGACCAAAAGCUGCAAAAAGAUUACAGUGAGAAAAGCCACAGCGGUGCAACCGAGGAGUGUGACAUUCAGGGUGCAAAGUGUGAGCCUUUUGAGCUGCAAAGCUCAGUCACACAGAGCAGCACAGAAGCAGAGACAGCCAUAAAAGGCCCUGAUGUAGAGGAGAUCACAGAGGAGGAUAAAGCAGCUUUGGGACGAGACAAAGCCGACAGCCAGGGGAUGGAUCAAAGUGGGAUAAAAGUAGUAAACAAUGAAGCAACACAGAAAGAGAAAGGUGUUCAGGAUGAAGGCAGUGGCUUUGGGUCAGUUAAAGAUUCAGACCUGAGUGAAAGUGAGCAGCCCCAAAGCAGCAGUGAUAGCAUUGGUCUUUUGAAGGAAACAGAAAAUAGCAAUGAUUUAGCAAAUCAAAUAACUGUGGAUACUCAAUCUAGUAUUUCAUCAAAGUGCCUGGAUGAUUUUGCCUCAACAUCUCCUGCAGCGAAGCCUCAUGACGAGGUGGUAUUGCCCGAGCCCGCCCAAAACAGUGUUGUAAAACCCAUCGCUGCUGCUUCCCAAUCUGAAGUAAGACCAGUGGAAGAAGUUACUUCCUGCAUCUCUGCUGUGUCUGUGAAUAAAGAGAGUCCUGCUGCUGGACCACGAGCCCCACAACCAGAGACAAACUGGAUCAGAGCUCUAAAAGAAGCUGCACUCGAUUCUCAGAGUAAAGAAGAGAAAACAGAGAAGACGGCAAGACGCUUCCCGUCUCUGGAGUCCCCUCAAGAGUUUCUCACUCCGAGUGAGGAGAUAGACGCACCUCUGAGGCACGAGGAGAGCCCACCUCCGGAGAAAGAGAUCCCCCCUUUGAGGAAGCCGGUGGAUCUUCCUGAGCCUCUAAACAAGACCACAGAGAUCCCCCCUUUGAAGAAGCCGGUGGAUCUUCCUGAGCCUUUAAACAAGACCACAGAGAUCCCCCCUUUGAGGAAGCCGGUGGAUCUUCCUGAGCCUCUAAACAAGACCACAGAGAUCCCCCCUUUGAAGAAGCCGGUGGAUCUUCCUGAGCCUCUAAACAAGACCACAGAGAUCCCCCCUUUGAAGAAGCCGGUGGAUCUUCCUGAGCCUCUAAACAAGACCACAGAGAUCCCCCCUUUGAAGAAGCCGGUGGAUCUUCCUGAGCCUCUAAACAAGACCACAGAGAUCCCCCCUUUGAAGAAGCCGGUGGAUCUUCCUGAGCCUUUGAAAAAGACAUCAGAGCUCCUAGAACCAAGACGGAGCACACAAGUAGAGCUCCCGAAAGAAACAGAGAAAGUAGAGCUCUCUGAACAAACCAAGGAGGAACCAAAGGACUGCCAAGAACCAAAACAGAGCACAGAAGAAACUCUCCCAGUAGGAACAGAGCCAGUAGAGCUCGUCGAGAAAGUCGAGUUUCCAGAACCAACACAGAGCACAACAGAAGAGUUCCCAGAGGAUGCAGAGUCGGUAGAGCUCUCAGGACCGAUUGAGAAAGCAGAAGAGCUUUCAGAACAAACACAGAGCACAAAUACAGUAGAGCUCCAACAAGAAACAAAUACAGUAGAGCUCCAACAAGAAACAAAUACAGUAGAGCUCUCAGAACAAAUCGACAAAGAGGAAGAGCCUCAAGAGGAGCUUCAGGAACCAGAAAGAGAGCCGGUACCUUCUCUAGAACCAGCGCAAGAAACAGCUGAGUCCUUCGAGCCAACAGAAAGCACAGCAACAUUGUCAGAGCCAAUAAAAAAUGAAGAACCAGAACCAAUAAAGAGCACAGCAGAGCACCAAGAGCCGGGUCUGACAGAGGAGCCAGAGGACAAACCUGCGGAGAUCCCACCUGAGGAGCCCAACUUGGAAGAUCCAACCGAGGAGUCUGCAGGGACCGACAUAUUACAGGAUCUCGCUGAGGCGCUACAGGACAGCGGGCCCCCCCUCGUUGAGCAGGCAGAGAAAGGUGACCGUGCCGCUGCCUCGGCCCCACCUCCGACCUCAGAAUCCUGCAUCCUGCCUGCCUUCCCGUCUCACCUUCACGACAUCACAGAGUUCCCCACUCCUCCUCCCACACCCCCGGAGAGGCUCACCUUCGACUCUCUACCAACCCCACCUGCAUCCCCCACUUUCCCUCCUCCUCCUCCUCCUGAUCCUGCAUCUCCUCCUCCAGCUCCUGCAUCUCCUCCUCUACCUCCUGCUGACCAGGGUGAGGACCACCUCCCUGCCUCUGCACCCUUCAACCCCCCUUUAAGGAGCUCAGACUCUGAUGGAGCGUUUGAGACGCCUGAAUCCACGACUCCAGUGAAGGCCGCUUCUCCCACAGAGCCGCAAACACAACAUCUACCAUUCGAUGACAUAGCAGGAGCAGACUUCUCGUUCUCUGAUCCCGCCUCUGACUUGACCUCGGCCGACCGACCCUGCAGAUCCCCGUCUAUCGUCUUCGAUGAGGACCGGCCCAUUGCAGCGAGCGGGACUUACAACAUUGAAGUUUUGGCUUCAGACACGUCGACUCACACUCUAACGCGUUCUCAGAGUCUCCAGGGAGGGGAGCUCGACGCCGAUGCUGACGGCAGUCUGAUCGAAGGAUCGACGGCGGGAGGUUUUCAUUUACAUUCUGAGUCCUUCAGCGUGGGGACCGAGAGCGCACCCGGGACCCUCCACAGGCCGAAGAAAGUCCGCCCGGGGUCUUUGAAAAAGAAACCGUUCCUAAGACAGAACUCCAACCCGGAGAGUCCGAGGCCGGCGUCAUCCGGCGGCACCCCGGAGAUCAACAGGAGGGCAAAGCCGAGAACCGCCAGCCCCCUGCAGGCUCAGGAGGAGGCCGACGGAGGAUCUGCGACCCCGAGUCCCGGAGGAACACUCAGAAAGACCAGGAAGAGCCGAGUGGUGACUCCUCCCCCUCUCCCCGAGGAGACCGGUCACACAAUCCCCGCCUUACCCUUGUGCCAGGAGGAGACUCCUCCGCCUUGUAGUCCACCGAACAGAGAGGAAUCCCCCAUCCCUCCGGCGACCUCCUACCAAUGGGAUCCAGAUAACUUUGACAACAUCGACCCUUUCAAAACUGGAGGAAGUAAAAUAGCAAAUUCCCCCGUCCUGGGCCGUAAAGACCCCGUGUGCGCCGCCGUUUCUGAACCUCCAGAAAGCCCCGCUGUCUCCGCUGUAGAGCCGAGUCCUCCGAGUCCUCCAGCGACCGCCGACCCCGAAGAGCAGCCCAUCCUCCCCAAACGUCAGCCAGUAAGGCUGGAGUUUGACUACUCGGAGGAGGGCAGCGAGGCGUCCCACAGGGCCUCUCCUCCCCCGCCCAAGAAAGUGGGCAAGAAGCCGGGUGGCAAGAUGCCUCUGAGGAAACCGAAGCUGGGUCUGAAGAAGGCCGCUCCGGCGCAGAGCGAGCAGCUGGACAACAACCCUCCAGACUCUCGCAACGGAAACGAUGAAGAGAUCCCCGUUCACAAAGGGUCGUACAACUUUGAACCCGACAAGUGGGACGAUCCAAACUUCAACCCGUUCAGCCCGAAGAAAGGCGUCGGCAACUCGCCCAAACUCCCCAGGCCGUCUCAUAGCUUCAACUCCGACGACUUCGACGACUCGAUAGACCCGUUCAAAUCCACCAACAAGAUGGCCGACUCUCCUCCUAAGGCGUCCGCCUCGUUCGACCUGUCGUCCAGCGACUUUGACAACGAGAACGAGAAUGACAAUGUCGCAGAACUGGGCGACCAAAAUCAGAACAAACCGGCCAAGAAGAAGAAAACUCCCAUCAAAUCGAAGUCCAGGGGUGUGUCUUCUCUAUGUUGUCUGUUUAACACUUUCAGAGUGAAGCGGUCGCCCAAGAAAUCUCCGCUGUCUGAACUUUGUCAGGAUCCUCCGCCUGCAGAUGAGCCCUCCUCCCUCCACACGCAGGACGACCACGCCACCGACGAGGAGAAGCUGGCCUCUUCCACGGGUCACAAGUGGAACCUGCACGACAUGGAGGCGGACCUGAACUCUGACCAGCAGGACUUCCCUCAGCCGAGCGACCUCACGUCCUUUGUGAACGAGAGCAGUCUUCCUCAUCGGGCUCCAGCACAAGACUAUGAAAUCGAGUACAUGGAGAAGAUCGGCUCCUCCUCGCCUCCGCUGUCCCUGAAGAAGCCGUCUUUGUACCUGAAGCUGGACUCUGUGUCGGACAGCUUAACCAAGAACAUGCACGAUCAUGGAUCAGAGCCCGGCUCCCCCUGCACAGGGAGUUUUGAGGAGAUGGAAGCCCAGAUCUCGGCGGGUAUGAAGAUGCCGGUCCUGAGCACACGGCCCGGUCCCGAGGGCUCCGCCGGGGAUAAGGGCAGGAAGCGAGAGAGCGAGUCGCUCAGCCGAACGCAGAGCACAGAGAGGGACGAGCAGCCCCCCGUGGAGGCUCCGGCUCCAGCCCCGGCCCCGGCUAUGCCCCCGUUAGACAUGCUGUCCGAGUGCGACGACCCCCUGCAGUACCUGGAGUCCGACCUGGCCGAGACCAACCCCACCGCAUUCGCCCAAAAACUACAGGAGGAGCUGGUGCUUGCUGCCCUGAGGAUAGAGGCACUGCAGGUAGCCAAAAACAUCUCUCAGUGCCCCUCCCUCUCCACUGUAACCCCCCAGUCUCGACUCAAGAAACCCAGCAAUCGUCGGUGGAAUAUCAACGGUUCACCCUUACUCAAAGCAUUAUUUGGGGGGAUUGUCUCUUUAGGACAGAGCUCUGAGCAAAAGUUACCCCCACAAAGUGACAUCACACACAGAGACCUGUCCUCGCCCGUAGAGAGCGCCGUGUCCAAGAACUCCCUGUACACCAGGACCAACAGCAGCAGUUACAUCGACGGGGAGAGCCCCCACCUGCCCGGAGAGCUGGACCACUCGCUGGGCAUCGCACGAGAGGAGAUUGUGUCAAAGGAGAAAGAAGUGCUGGAGUGGCAGAGGAAGUAUGAAGACAGCCGGCAGGAGGUGGUGGAGAUGAGGAGGAUCGUUUCAGAGUACGAGAAGACGAUUGCUCAGAUGAUAGGUGAGUUCAAAGAUGACCAGAAGGAGAAGUCUCUGUCCCAUCACACCAUCCAGCAGCUGAUCAUGGAGAAGGACCAGGCGCUCUCCGACCUCAACUCGGUGGAGAAGUCCCUGGCCGACCUGUUCAGACGCUACGAGAAGAUGAAAGAUGUUCUGGAGGGCUACAGAAAGAAUGAAGAGGUUCUGAAGAAAUGUGCUCAAGAGUAUCUGUCCCGGGUCCGUAAGGAGGAGCAGCGCUACCAAGCCCUGAAGAUCCAUGCAGAGGAGAAGCUAGACAGGGCCAAUUCAGAGAUAGCUCAGGUGCGAGUUAAGGCGAAGCAGGAGCAGGCCGCCUACCAGGCCAGCGUGAGGAAGGAGCAGAUGAAGGUGGACUCUCUGGAGCGUACUUUGGAGCAAAAGAACAAAGAGAUCGAGGAGCUGACGAAGAUCUGUGACGAGCUGAUCGCCAAGAUGGGGAGGAGUUAGCGGCCUCACUAAACCUCGCCCGAGCCAAACCUCGUAGAGAAAUUUAGCAGUUUUUUGGAAACACUCCUUAACCAAAUGAAGCAGAAUCAUAACAAGUAACCUUUGCCACUCUUCCAAGGACUUUACGGACUUUAAAGGACAAAGACGGUCUUUGGCUUGAUUUCCUACUGAGCAGGAUCCCCAGGAGACGCUCCUCUUAAUCACUCUGUACAUUUUUUGAUGUGUCAGUGUUCUGUACUGUAUCAGGGGGGUCUGGUCUUAGAAAGUGUAUCAUAUCACUGAUUAUAAAUGUGUGUGAGUGUGUGUAUGAUAAUGAGAAAAUGAGAGCGUUGUUUGUGGGUUUAAAUUAUCUAUGACGUUGCCAUGACAGCCACUGAGGGAGAAGACUGUUUACCUGCUCCUGUAGUUGUUGUUUCCUUUUCAAUAUGAGAGACGGACACUUUGACUAAACAGCGACUUAGAUUGAGUCUUAAAAAUAUCGAUGCACCACAAAGAGAACACAAACGAUCACAAUAACCUCCUGCAUGUGAGAGAGACAGAACAAUGUUAACGUUUGUAUAUAGUGUACUGUAGCAAAGUAUGAAAAAAUAUUCCUCUGCAUCCUUUUUUAAAAAAGUUAUUCUGACGCCCUCCCGCCUCGCCGCUCCCCUCACUUUAACCCUUGUAGAUAAUUGUCAUACUUAUCGUAGCUUUCUCAAUGAAAUUGUGGGACUUAUAUUUUGGAUUUUAUUUUGAUAUAAAGCAAACUAAUCUUGUGACUGUAUUCCCGUUGUGACCAGGAGUCAUUUAAUUUUUUGGAUGUCCUAGUCCUGCUAUGGUCGUUUGUGUCACACUGAGGAAGAAGUCUUCUCUGCACAGCUCCUGUACAGCAUCUGCUUACAAAGUGCAAUAAAAGAUGGCAAUACA